AUGAACAUCGACGUCGAGACUGUCGAGCAGCCCGCACACCAAGCAGAACAUGAUGAAGAGGACGUAUCCGAUUCCACACCAAAAGCUUCCCGCCGUCGCCCACGAAAGAAACCGUCUCUUUCUCCCCGCAAGUCACGACGCGCCUCAAGAAUCAUCCAAGACUCAUCUCCUCCGCCUGCACGGGCAUCAUCCAGUCCUAAACGUCCUGUCUUGAAGAUCACACCGCCGCAGCAUCCGUCGAUACCUCAGCGUCGGGUCGUACUGCGAGUACCGCAGCCGGCCUCGGCAAGUACCAAGGGCAAGGAGAAGGAGGUUGAGAGCAGCGACGAGGAGCCUGGGAAGGGUCUUUUUGACGACCUUUUGACCGCCCAGGAGCGAGAUAUCUCGAAAACCAGUAUCACGGUGAGGGAUAAAUCGAGGUUCGAUAGGAGUCGGCAGCUGGCUGAGGUACGCCACAAGUCCCCGACACCAACUCCUGCACCGUCUACCCCCGCCCCUCAUUCGUUGGCGACGAAGCCACCACUCCGAAUACGCACCAUACGGUUCGGUAUCUACGAUAUCCAGACGUGGUACGAUGCACCAUUUCCGGAGGAGUACAACAACAUACCGGAUGGGAGACUUUGGUUGUGCGAGUACUGCCUGAAGUAUAUGAAGAGCCAGUUCAUGGCUGCUAGGCAUAGGAUGAAAUGCAAAGCGCGACAUCCACCCGGCGACGAAAUUUACAGGGACGGCGCCGUGUCCAUAUUCGAAGUGGACGGUCGCCUGAACAAAAUCUAUUGUCAGAACUUGUGCCUCUUGUCCAAGAUGUUCCUCGAUCACAAAUCCCUCUUUUACGACGUCGAGCCCUUUUUGUUCUACGUCAUGACCGAAGUCGACGAGUUUGGGGCACACUUUAUCGGUUACUUCAGUAAGGAGAAACGCAGCCCGAAGGAUUAUAACGUUAGCUGUAUCAUGACCCUCCCCGUCCGGCAGAGAAAGGGCUGGGGAAAUCUGCUCAUCGAGUUUAGCUAUCUUCUGUCUAAAAAGGAACAGCGUACUGGUUCGCCGGAGAAGCCCCUAUCUGGUCUGGGCGCGCUGGGAUACAAGAAUUAUUGGACUUUAUCACUUAUGCGAUACCUUCACACCGCUCCUGCACAUCCUCGACUCGAAGGUCUGUUUCUUUAUCCAGUAACCCUACUUCCAAAUGCUCAUACCACAUUGCCUCAUAGACAUCAGCUCUGCGACUUGCAUGACUCUCGAAGACAUCUACAACACCCUCUCCGACCUCAAAUUCAUCUCUGUUCGAUCCCACUUCCCCGCACCCAAACCUCUCCCAGGCCAAUCCAUCAAAUUCCCCAAAGGGCGCAAAAGCGGCGUUGCCCGGCGACACCUCGUCCGCUCCCAGACCUCGCAGAGCAACGGCGGCGGCGGUAA